UUGAGUUAAACCAUUUAAUAAUACUUUCUGCAAAAUCAUUCAUUCAUGGCGUGGUUUCUUCUAUUAUUGCAUCUGUUCCUCUUCCAUUUUCCAUCCUUCUCUUCUUCUUUCAAUUUUUCAUGUCAUCAUGAUGAGAGCUCUGCUUUGCUUCAGUUCAAAACCUCUAUUAUUGCAUCUUUUUAUUCUUGUGAUGGAUCUCUUCUGAAAACAGCAACAUGGAAAAAUGGGACUGAUUGCUGCUCAUGGAAUGGUGUCACGUGUGAUACCAUCACUCGUCACGUGAUUGGCCUCAAUCUUGGCUGUGAAGGCCUUCAAGGUAAACUACAUCCUAACAGUACCCUUUUCAAUCUUGUUCAUCUUCAAACACUCAACCUUUCUAACAAUGAUUUCUCUUACUCUCAUUUUCAUUCUAAGUUUGGUGGGUUUAUGAGUCUUGCACAUCUUGACUUGUCUCGUAGUUUCUUUAAAGGUGAAAUUCCAAUUCAAAUCUCACACCUUUCCAAAUUACAAUCACUUCAUCUCUCUGGAUAUACCGGUUAUGAUCAGUUAGUUUGGAAAGAGACGACCUUGAAGAGAUUUGUUCAAAAUGCAACAAAUUUGAGGGAGCUGUUUUUGGAUAAUACAAAUAUGUCUUCAAUAAGACCAAACUCCAUUGCUUUGCUCUUCAACCAAUCUUCCUCUUUGGUUACUCUUAAUCUUAAAUCAACAGGAUUAACUGGAAAACUGAAAAGAAGCCUACUUUGUUUACCAAGUAUUCAAGAGUUAGAUAUGUCAUAUAAUCACAACCUUGAAGGACAACUACCAGAAUUGAGUUGUAGUACUUCUCUUAGAAUAUUAGAUUUUUCACGUUGCUCAUUCAAAGGGGAAAUUCCUUUGUCUUUUUCUAACCUCACACAUUUCACCACUCUAACUCUGUCAGAAAACCAUCUAAAUGGUUCAAUCCCAUCCUCACUUUUAAAACUUCCAACUCUAACUUUCUUGGAUCUCCAUAACAACCAACUCAAUGGUCGACUUCCAAAUGCAUUUCAGAUAUCAAACAAAUUUCAAGAAUUAGAUUUGAGAGGUAACAAAAUUGAAGGUGAGCUGCCAACAUCACUUUCAAACCUUCGACAACUCAUUCACUUGGAUCUUGGGUGGAAUUCAUUUAGUGGUCAAAUCCCAGAUGUGUUUGGUGGGAUGACCAAACUGCAAGAACUCGAUUUAACUUCCAACAAUUUAGAAGGACAAAUUCCAUCUUCACUAUUUAACUUGACUCAGCUUUUCACAUUAGAUUGUAGAGGUAACAAAUUAGAGGGUCCCCUACCCAACAAAAUUACAGGACUCCAAAAGCUAAUGUAUUUGAAUUUAAAAGACAACUUGCUAAAUGGAACAGUUCCUUCCUCCUUGUUAUCUUUGCCUUCUUUGGCAAUUUUAGAUCUAUCAUAUAAUCGACUUACAGGGCAUAUCAGUGAAAUAUCAUCAUAUUCUUUAAACAUGCUAACUCUAAGCAACAACAGGCUACAAGGCAAUAUUCCUGAGUCCAUUUUCAACCUAACAAAACUAUCUCACUUAAUUCUAUCUUCGAACGACUUGAGUGGUCUUGUCAAUUUUCAACUCUUCUCCAAACUUACAUGUCUAGAAAUGUUAUCCCUUUCAUGGAAUAGUCAAUUAUCUCUAAAUUUUGAAUCCAAUGUCAAUUAUAGUUUUUCUAGCCUACAAGUAUUGGAAUUGUCUUCUGUCAAUUUGAUCAAAUUCCAUAAUUUACAAGGAGAAUUCUUAGAUUUGAUAUCACUUGAUAUUUCUGAUAACAAACUUCAUGGAAGAAUGCCCAAUUGGUUACUUGAAAAAAAUUCAUUGCUAUUUUUGAACCUCUCUCAAAACUUGUUCACGUCAAUAGAUCAAUGGAUUAACGUCAAUACAUCCAAUGGUUAUUUGUCAGGCCUUGAUCUUAGUCAUAAUUUACUGAAUGGUGAAAUCCCUUUGGCAGUUUGCAAUAUGAGUUCACUUCAAUUUCUCAACUUGGGUUACAACGAUUUGACUGGUAUCAUUCCACAAUGUUUUGCUGAAUCACCAUCCCUUCAAGUUUUGAAUCUACAAAUGAACAUGUUUUAUGGUACUUUGCCAAGUAACUUUUCAAAGAACUGUAGUAUUGUCACUCUGAACCUCUACGGCAACCAGUUAGAAGGCCAUUUUCCAAAAUCCUUGUCUCGCUGUAAAGAGUUAGAGUUUCUAAACCUCGGUAGCAACAAAAUAGAAGACAAUUUUCCUGAUUGGUUUCAAACACUUCAAGAUUUGAAAGUACUGGUUUUGCGAGACAAUAAGUUUCAUGGUCCCAUCGCCAAUUUAAAGAUUGAGCGUCUAUUUCCAAGCUUAAUCAUUUUUGAUAUCUCUGGAAAUAACUUUGGUGGUUUUCUACCAAAAGCCUAUUCAAAAAAUUAUGAAGCCAUGAAGAAUGAUACUCAAUUGGUUGGGGAUAACAAUUUGCAAUACAUGGACGAGUGGUAUCCAGUAACCAAUGGGCUUCAAGCAACACACGCACACUACUCUGAUUCUGUGACCGUGGCAACAAAAGGAACCAAAAUGACACUCGUUAAAAUUCCAAAAAAGUUUGUAAGUAUUGAUAUGUCAAGAAACAAAUUUGAAGGAGAGAUUCCAAAUGCUAUUGGAAAGCUACAUGCACUCAUAGGGCUUAACCUUUCCCAUAACAGACUCAAUGGUCCUAUUCCCCAAUCAAUUGGAUACUUGUCAAACUUGGAAUGGUUGGAUCUCUCAUCAAAUAUGCUCACUGAUGUGAUUCCUGCAGAACUAACCAAUUUGGGCUUUCUUGAAGUCUUAGAUAUUUCAAAUAACCAUCUUGUGGGAGAAAUACCUCAAGGAAAGCAGUUCAAUACAUUUACAAAUGAUUCCUAUGAAGGAAAUUCAGGGUUAUGUGGAUUACCCUUGUCAAAAAAAUGUGGACCUGAACAACAUUCUCCACCUUCAGCCAAGAACUCUUGGAGUGAAGAGAAAUUUAGAUUUGGAUGGAAACCAGUGGCGAUUGGAUAUGGAUGUGGAUUUGUGAUUGGAAUAUGCAUUGGAUAUUAUAUGUUUUUAAUUGGAAAGCCUAGAUGGCUUGUCAUGAUAUUUGGUGGUCCGCCUAAGAGAAGAGUGACAAGGAGAACAAGAGUGAGGAGGGCACAUGGUUCAACCAUGAAUCAGAAUCAGAUGGUGCAAAUGUCAUAGUUUUAUUGUUGUAGUUACUUUAUCUGUUGUGUGUUGGUUUUUUACUUUCUGUUUAAAAUAAUCUUGAUUUUGAGUGUGACAAUCUUGCGACUCUUAUUUAGCUAGUUUGAUUUCGGAUUGUAAAGUUUAUACUCUGAAUGUACU